AUGGUCGAGAUCUCCAUCCCCGCAAACUACGGAUAUGCCAUCGCCGUUUCGCUAGGCGCAAUCCCUGUCCUGGGAUUCAUCCAUGGUGUCCUCGUCGGCUCUUUUCGCAAGGCCGCUGGCGUGCCGUACCCCCACGCCUAUGCCAGCAUUGAGCAAUGUAAAGCUAACAUUGUGUUCCAAGAGAGAGUACUAAAUGACGUUUGUGAACAGCCCAAAGCCUACAAAUUCAACUGCGCACAACGCGCCCACGGCAACUUCCUCGAGAACGCGCCGCAGACAAUGCUCUCUAUCCUGGUGGCAGGCGUCAAGUACCCAGAGGCAGCAGCGGGCUUAGGAGCGGCCUGGGUUGUUCUCCGCACCCUCUACAUGCUGGGCUAUAUUUAUAGCGACAAGCCGAACGGCACCGGCAGGUACAAUGGUUCGCUGUACUUGCUUGCGCAAGCGGGUCUUUGGGGAUUGAGCGCAUUUGGUGUUGCAAAGGAUUUGAUGUAA